CAACCUUCAUUUCUCUAAGUCUCUUUGAGUCUGUCCCUUUGAUCCCUUCUUCACUAACGCAAACAACAAAAAAACACUUUCUCCACUUCAAUUUCAUCACUAUCAACUACAACGAUUAGAAUCCAUGGCUCGAGGCUCCUCUCAGUCGCAGGCAAGCGCAUCCUCCUCUGCCUCCCGACCAGGUGUCAUGGCUCCGCGCGGCUCGGCAGCUGCCACCGCCGGGAUGCGUCGCCGUCGCGUUACCAGUUCCUCUGGAGGCGGAUCCGGCUCGGUAGGAGGCGCAGGAACGAGCUCUAACAUGCUCCGUUUCUACACCGAUGAUGCGCCAGGACUCAAGAUCUCGCCGACCGUCGUCCUCGUCAUGAGCCUCUGCUUCAUCGGCUUCGUCACCGCUCUCCACGUGGUCGGAAAGCUUUACCGCUCCAAAACUGCAGCCUGAGGGUUGUGUAUUUUUCGGUUAUGAUCUCGGGGAGACAAACCUAUUCACUAGCUGACAUGGUAGGAGGAGCAAUUUUGAUACGAAUGGUUCACGCAGGAAUUAUACAAAAUAGGACUUUUGAUACCAGGAAUGUGCAUCUAUUUGGCAUGGAGCUUAGAUGUUGUUUUGGACCUUCGGCCUUAAACAAUUGGGUUUGUUCUGUUAAACAUUUUAUCUUAUGAGAGUUUUUGUACUCUGUUUCGUGCUCUUGCUCCUAUAAAAUGGAAUUAUGAAAUUCCAAUUAAGAAAUACACUGAAAUCUAGGUGCCAUUUAAGUAAACUACAUAAUCUAGUUUGAUA